AGUAAAAAAAUGCAUAGAAGCAGAACAAGUACAGAGAAAGAACAGUGAGUUCUUGCAUUCCCAAUGAAACUCGGUGGAAUCAAAUCGGUAGACAACGCGCACGACGACUCAGUCUGGGCAGUCACAUGGGCACCCGCAACCGCCACCCGACCUCCGCUCCUCCUCACCGGCUCACUCGACGAGACCGUACGCCUUUGGAAAUCCGAUGACCUUAUUCUUGAACGCACCAACACCGGCCACUGUCUCGGCGUCGCCUCCGUAGCCGCUCAUCCACUCGGCUCAAUCGCAGCCUCUUCUUCACUCGAUAGCUUUGUUCGCGUCUUCGAUGUCGAUUCCAAUGCCACUAUCGCUACUCUUGAAGCUCCUCCUUCUGAAGUCUGGCAAAUGCGUUUUGAUCCAAAGGGUGCCGUUCUAGCAGUUGCUGGUGGAGGUAGUGCAUCAAUUAAUCUUUGGGACACUUCCACAUGGGAACUGAUUGCGACCCUUUCAAUUCCUCGUGUAGAAGGACCCAAACCCAGCGACAAAAGUGCCAGCAAGAAAUUUGUCCUAUCUGUCGCAUGGAGCCCUGAUGGAAAACGACUUGCCUGUGGCUCAAUGGAUGGCACCAUUUCUGUUUUCGAUGCUCAACGAAUCAAAUUUUUACAUCACCUUGAUGGCCACUUCAUGCCUGUGCGUUCUCUCGUUUAUUCUCCUUACGAUCCAAGGAUACUGUUUUCAGCUUCAGAUGAUGGUAAUGUCCACAUGUAUGAUGCUGAAGGAAAAGCCUUAGUUGGAACCAUGUCAGGACAUGCUAGUUGGGUUUUAUGCGUGGAUGUGAGCCCAGAUGGGACGGCUAUCGCAACAGGUUCAAGUGAUAGAACUGUAAGGCUAUGGGAUCUUAACAUGAGAGCGUCUGUGCAGACGAUGAGCAACCACACAGACCAAGUAUGGGGAGUUGCAUUCAGACCACCUGGAGGAAAUGAUGUGCGAAGCGGUCGGCUUGCUAGUGUAUCAGAUGAUAAGAGCAUAUCACUGUAUGACUAUUCCUGAGCUAGAUAUUCCUUGCUGUAUCUGUACUUUAUGUGUUGAUUGAUAUUAACUUGUUAAUGCUUUCUUUGUCUACUAACUUGGUUUGAAGGAAAUGUUUGUUGGACUUGGACAAGCUGGCUUACAUGUAUUUUAAUUCUGUUUCUUUGUUAGUUGUAAUUACUGAAUGAAUUUUCCUUGUCA